GGCGAAGUUUCUUCGCAGAAAUCUCGAAGAGGAGCUGCUGCAUUAAAAACAGAUGUUGCCGACAAGACCUCGACCCCUGCGAAACGAGGGAAAGCUGCUCGGAAAAUUGUCGAAAAUACGGCGGAGCAAAAAGCCGAUUCUAUUGAUGCCGAGCCGCAGCCCGUGAAAGACGCCACUCCCGCGAAACGUGGUAGACCCGGAGCGAAGGCGAAAGCGAACAUUACAGAUUUUGUCACCGAUGCUACCGUUGAUGGACAAAGCGGGGAAGAAUCUGCCCAAUCGAAGAAAGCUACGCCAGCAAAGCGUGGUAGACCUGCUGGCAAAGCUAAAGCUCUUGCUACCGAUCAUGGUGUUUCGGAGGAAAAUACAGAACAUCCGCUGCAAAUUAAGGAAGCCACGCCGGCAAAGCGUGGGCGAGGUGCUGGUAAAGCGAAAGCUCAGGCA